UGUUCUUGACAAGAACGUCUUGUGUUCACUACACUACUCUUCCUCUUCAACUCUUGCUUUGCUCUUCAGUCUUCAGUCUUCACAUCAGUAACUGUUCAGUUCAUGUUGGUUUUUCAGUACUGCGUAAAGCAGGACCCAUACAUUGAUUACCAUAGUUGUUCUGGUAUAGGUAAUCUCAUUUAAUUUUUUGAAAGUUUAGUACCGUAAUUGAUAUAAUCAGAUAUCAAAUCUGGAUUACAUUUAUUUAGCUCAUUCACAAUAAUUAUACUACCGUACCGUACUAUAAUCAUUUUUGCGCUUGUUGGGGCCCCCUUUAAGGUAAAAGUGACUAAUUAUUACUAAUGAAGUAAUGAAUAGAUUUUAAUCUACAGACUCUCAGUUUUCUUCUUCUUCCAUUAAAAAAAAUAAGUCAAUAUCUUCAAGAAUACGGUAGUUUAGAUUCGGUAGGCCUACGUAUGAAUAGUACCGUAACUUAAGCCACCCCUUCAGACAACUUGAGAAAAGUUUAUCAUUUUAUAAUUUUUUUCAAAAUGUUACUUUACAAUUGGAAACUUUAUUCAUAUUUUCUUUUAAAUAGUAGAGAUCAAAAGACCAACGAAGGUAGCACCAAAGGAUUUGUGGAUUGUGUGCGAACUGGUAUAAUACAAAAUGUGUUAAUAGGUAUUUCGACAACCGAAUAUCGUAAAAUUCGGGAUUUAAGUGACAUAGUUUUGUGGUAUUGUUCGUCGUGUAUUGGCCAGGUAAGCGUAAUCUUAUCUAAGCAUGCAAGCUGUGUGACUGUACAGGAAAAUCGUGAACCUGAAAUCCCUGUAAAUGUUAGUUUGAAUGUUAUUUUGGACGAACUGUCAAAAAUUAGUAAAAAUUAUGUUCAUCUGUGUAAGCGUGUUGAAAAAAUUGAGAAACAAAAUCUUUCUUUGAAAGAUAAUAAUUUAACCUCAACAGAAAAUACUACGAGCAAUAGUGUAGAUUUACAUGUUCAAACGUCGAUGGAUGGUCAAUCUGUAAACAAUGAUCAAUUAAUUAAUGAAAACUGUGCCAGUAUUCAGCAUAAAGUAACUAAGGUUAAUUUAAAAAUGAGUAAGAGCCCUGCUGAUCCUAUUGUUGAAACUGAUCCUGUGCUGGAAUGGAGCAUUGUUGCUAGUAGGAGUAAAAAGCCGAAAGAAACAAAACGGAAACCAACCAGUAUAGAUAGCUUGAAGGAAAUUAAGAAGUUAAGUAGCCGUGUUGUUGGCACUACUAAAGUCAAUUGCCCAUUUGUUAGCUCAAAGGAUAAUAAGUUGAAUUACUUGUUCGUUUCUAGGAUUGAUCCUAAGGUUGGUAUUAAUGAUAUUAAGGAUUUUGCCAUGGCCCAUUGUAAAAGUAAUGUAAUGUGUUAGGAGGUACCUUCAAAGUUUACACAUUACAAAUCAUUCAAAUUGUCAAUAUCUGAAGAAGACAAGUCCGUUCUCUGGAAUCCUGAAUUGUGGCCGGAGGGUGUGCUAAUUUGCGACUACCGUUUUCCAAAGACAAGCAAUAAACGUGCGUUUUUUCGGAGAAAGUUGUCCAGAUCAACGGCUAAACUCAUAGAAGUGAAAACAAAUGUCAAGUUGAGUAUUGGCUAUAUUAAUGUCCAGUGCCUGCGCACGAAGUUUAAUCUUGUUUGUUUGUUCUUAUGCUAUUAGUAUUUUGUGCAUAAGUGAGCAGUGAGAAGUCUGAGGAGAUUCCAUUCUACAGCUCCAUAGAUGAUUUGGUAUUGGCUAACUCUUUCUGCCGCACAGUGCAUGGUCAUGGUGGUGUUGCUAUCUACGUCAAUAAGGAACUGAAUUUCAAAGAGUUAAAUCUACAAGCUUUUUGUAGGGAGAGCGUAAUUGAAAUUACUGGCAUAGCUCUGACUCACCACAGUACUAUUGUUUUGCAGAUUAUUGUGGGUGGUGAUUUUAAUAUUCAUUUCAAUCACAGUCUACCAGCGCAGUACAGACUUGAAAAUUUGCUCCGGAGUAUCAACCUAUAUUUUUGCAAUAGACUCCCAACUAGAGGUCCAAAUUGCAUCGACAAUGUUGCAACUAAUUUAAGGUGUGGUGCUUUUGAAGUCAAUGUGGUAAAUCCCCAGGUUGCGGAUCAUCUUGCCAUUGUUGUGAAACGGCUUGUUGGUACUCAGGUCGUGAAAGCCACUGAUUGGCAUGCUGAUUAUGAGCUCUGUUUCAGAAAAAUCAAUCUAGGUGUUGUUCAUCAUUUCAUUCAAAUUUUUAAAAGUAAGAUUGUGCCCAUUUUACAUGAUGACCAGUUGUCCACUGAAAAAAUUGAUAAAUUUUUCUGUGAAAUUAUCAGUGUUUUUGAUUCUAUUUUUCCAGUCAAGUCAAGAAGUGGCCGGAUGAGCUCUCAUGCCCAAACCAGGAGAACUAGAAGGAAAAAUGUUGGAGACUGGUUCUCACAUGAAUUGAACGUGUUCAAGUUUGCUGUAUCUCUUCUGUACCAGAACUAUGAGUUGACUCAGGACAGGAUGGCUAAAGAAGUAGCAUUUAGCAGGUAUUUAAGGGCACGGAAGCAAUCAGGAGGUGGACCAAGCAGUUAAGAGGAAAAAUGCUGAUGCUAUAUUUGACUCUCAGAACCCAUGUAAAUCGGCCUGGAAGCUUAUUAACACGUGCAGAGCGUCUACACAGCCUCAAUGUGAUUUCAGUCCAGAUGUUAUGAACAGUCACUAUCUGAACUCCGUGGAGGCCAUUCUUCAACAGAUUCCAGUGACUCAGCCAAAUGGUGUUGGAGACUUAGAAGCGCAACCCGCUUUUUUAUGUAUGGAGGAGAGUCUCGAAGAAUGAUGUAUUGAAAAUUGUGACUGCUUUUAAAAUUUCACCUUCUCAGGACAUCUAUGGAUUUACUGUGGCUUUCUUGAAAUCAGUGGUUGAUGAGUUGGCACCUCAUCUUGCCAGUGUCUUUAGUCAAUGUCUUAAACUGGGCUACUUUCCAAAUUGUUUGAAUUUGGGUAAAACUGUACCUAUUUACAAAAGGGGAGAUGAGAAGGACAAGAAUAACUUCCGACCAAUUACUGUUACCCCCUUACUCGGAAAAAUCUUAGAGGUUGCCAUGAAGGAUCAGCUAAUGGACCAUCUUGAGAGGAAUAGUUUGCUGUCUGAUAGACAACAUGGCUUUAGAAAGUCCAAGUCCACACAAACCGCCCUGCUGGCCCUGAUCAACGAAGUCAUUGAUGCAUUCGAGAGUGGAGAUUCUGUAGCAGUGAGACUGUGUGACCUGUCACGUGCUUUUGACUGUGUGUCUCAUGAGCUUCUCCUUGGAAAGUUGAGUCAGUAUGGUAUAACGGACAUUGUUGCUGACACUUUCAAGUCCUAUCUUUCUGACAUAAGGCAGAUAGUGAAUGUUCAGGGUGCAUCAUCUGGCGAGCUGCAUGUACGGCAUGGGGUACCGCAGGGCUCUCUCCUGGGGCCGGUCCUGUUCAUCCUGCAUAUGAACGAUUUGAGAGUCGGCGGAAGUGAGCUGCUGUUUGCGGAUGACACAACCCUUGUUGGGAGAGGAUCCUCGCCUGCAGCUGCCACCCUUGAGUUGGAGGAGUCCUUUGCUGGUGCAGAACGCUGGUUUCAGGAGAACAAGCUGUUGCUCAACGUCGGCAAGACACAGAGAAACCACUUCAAUCAUUCAUUGAAUGAACCGGUGAAGCUUCUGGGAUUUAACAUCGAUCCAAAGUUAACAUGGAGUGCUCAUGUGGAUGCUGUAUGCAGAAGAUUGUCUCGUGUGAUCUACCUGUUGAGAAAACUGAGGUGCUUGCUGACUGAGGAACAUUUGAUUAUGGCCUAUUAUUCACUGUUCCAUAGCCACAUUAUCUAUGGAAUACUGCUGUGGGGACACUCUUCACAUUGUGAGAGUACUCUUCUGCUGCAGAAGAAGGCAGUUCGGAUAUUGUCAUCCAGUGGUCAUCUGGAGCACUGAAGGCCACUCUUCGCCAGACUCGGGAUUCUCACAGUUUUUAGCCAGUUCAUCUUUGCUUCCCUGGUUGGUAUUAGGAAUACCAAUCUGACAGUGAAUUUGAGGGGGUUUCAGAGUGCCUACUCACUUCGAAAUGCUCUCGAAGUCAAUGUUCCUCGAUGUAGGCUAAGUAAGGCUCAGAACUGUUAUCCCAAUAUCGCUAUUAAAAUGUUUAAUAUGCUACCUCCAUCUGUGCGUCAUUUGAGUGACAGUGAGUUUAAGAGGAGACUCAAGUCCUGGCUGCGUGCCAGACCAUACUACUCCUUGAGUGAAUUUUUUCAGGAGUCUACAGUUGACAUUUAGUGGCCAUCACCGUGUUUAGCCAUCUAUGCAAUUAUGUUUCAUUUCUUGACGUGACAGUGUUGUCAAAAACUUCUGUGUGAAAUUGUAUUUUUGACGUGAUCACCUACCCAGCUCAUCUGGCUGGUUGAUGGUCCUACAAAUGAAGAUUGAAAGUAAAUCGACCGGCUGCCGUGCCUCCGCCGUUACUUACUUGAAUAUUUGAAGUCGUUGCCAAGGACUCCAUAUAGGUAAGGUAGUAUCAAAAAACUUCUGUCACAUACAUUUAGAAAAACUGCAUGGAUACAGUACCGUAUUAUUUUUGUGGAGGUGCUAGAUCUGCAAGAAAGAGACUCCUCCCUCAACUCCCAUAACAAGUAGAGUGGUUUUUCAGUAAGUUUGUUCUUCACAAUUGUGUAGAACCUGGAGUUUGGUUUGCCUUGUAUCUCCUUGAGAAGGACUGUCAAAAAAUGUUAUAGCCUGUGUUGGGAAGCUGUUGCAAGUUCCAGCCAGUCUGCUGCGAGGUAUCUCCAAUAAUGAGGCAGCAUAUGUCUGGUAUUGUAUGCAUGUAUACGAGUACCACCUCUUCUGUGAAACAGAUCCUGGUUUUCCUUUAUGCACAUAAGUGAGCACAGUCAUAGUACAUACUGACUGUACACAGUGAGUAUUCCAACCCCACAGCAGUAACCUAUAGUUAAUGUGACUCUGGAAAAGUAGGCCAUGAUGAGGCUGCUGUGGUCAACCAGGUUUAUCAGUUUUCUGAGGAGGUAUAAUACUCUUGAAAGUUUCCUGCACACCUGUUGAACAUGAUGGUUCCAGCUCAACCUCCUGUCUAUCCAGAAACCUAGCAGCUUCACUGGUUCUUCGGCAACUGUUUGGCUUUUCAAUGAGCAGACUAGGAUGCUAGUUUUAUCUUCAUUGAGCUUCAAUUCGUUUACAAGAAACCAUAGCUUGGCCUUCUCAAUAAGAAUGGCUGACCUUUCUCUCACCUGUUCGAUGGUGUUGCCUCUGGAUAACAAGGUGGUGUCAACCGCAAAGUACUGCACCCAGCCUGCUCGUGAAGUCGUUCAUAAGCAAUAUGAACAGCAGUGGGCCUAGGGCUAAUCCUUGUGGUAAUCCAUGCUCCACAGUUUUCAAUUUUGAAGUGGCACCACUCAGCUGGACUCCUUGCUUUCUGCCUUUAAGGUAAGAUGCCACUUUGCCACCUAAAUCAGUAUCUCUCAAGUUUUUUUAACAGUAUUUUGUAAGUCAAAGGCUUCACUGAGGUCACAUAGUGUGAGGGCAAGGAAAUCGCCAGCCUCAAAGGCACACCGGAUACUGUCUGUCAAUGUGAGUAGAGUGCUUGUAGUGGAUCGACCAUUCCUGAAACUGUAUUGUAAAGAGGACAGCAGGUUGUUUCCUUCGAAGAAUUUGUUCAACUGCAUCUUCAUCUCCGUCUCGAUUACCUUCGAAAAGACUGGAACAAUGGAGAUUCGCCUGAAGUUUGCAGGAUUACUAGACUCCCUUUCUUGUGUAUUGGCAACUGGCAACGUCCUAGCUUUAUAAUAUCCCAGGCUGCUUUACAGUUGUUAUCAGCUGACUUGAUAAGAAUUGCGUUAACGCAAUCAACUUUUCGAAUCCUCAAUUUUACUCACUCUAUAGGUAGGCCUACUUAAUGUCUUCGUCUUAGACUGGUGAUAUCAGAAUAAAAAAUAUAACAUUGGUUCAUCAGUAGAGCAAAGUGGUUUCCGUGCUGGUCGAUCAUGCACCGAUAACCUCUUCUGUAUCAAACAUCUAAUGGAGAAAAAAUUACAGAGAGGAAGAAAACUUCAUGUUUUUUUUUGGAUCUGAAAAAGGCCUAUGAUAGUGUUCCAGUGAAUAAGAUAUGGGAAGCUCUAAAAAAAGCGAGAAUUAGUACUCCCCUCAUCAAGAAACUCUUUACAAGGAUAGCAGUAGCAGGAUAAAGAUUGGAAACCAGCUGUCAGAAGAGUUUACUGUAAAUAAAGGCCUUAGACAAGGUUGCCCCAUCUCACCCACGCUUUUCAAGAUAUACGUAAGCCAAGCCUUGGAGGUGUGGUCACGCAAGUAUAGAAGUAUGGGUGUACUACUGAAUGAAGAAAAUAUAUAUACCCUACUAUUUGCAGAUGACCAGGUCCUCCUAGCUGAAGGUGAAGAGGAUAUGUCAUAUAUAUAUGACAAGGCUACUCAUAGAGGAGUAUAAAAAAUGGGGCCUGGAAAUCAGUGAAGAGAAAUCACAAUAUAUGGUAUGAUAAAUAUGGUAUAUAAUAUAUGUUAUAUGGUAAAUAUGGAUGAUAUAUCUGAAAGAGUGAAGAAACAGGUUUUCAAAACAAUAUUGUGAUGAGCUGUGUAACUUAUGGGGCGGAAGUACGGACAUUAACCAAGAGACUAAAACAAAGAUUAUUGGCUAUGGAGAUGAAUUACUGGAGAAGAUGUUGCCAGCUAACCUUGAGAGAUAAGGUGAGAAAUGAGGUUAUAAGGGAGAAAAUGAAAUUGGACAGGUCAGUGGUGAAUGAGGUGGAGAGAAACAACUCCAGUGGUACGGACAUCUCAGAAGAAUGAGCCCCAGUCGCAUACCAAAGAAGGUAUAAGAGUGGAUUCCGGCUGAGAGGAGGAAACGAGGACGACCACGAACGGUUUGGCAGCAAAACAUAGAAGAGGCCAUGCAGAGCAGGGGCAUCCAACAAGACGUAUGGAGAGAUAGAGGCAGAUGGCGUUUUGAGUGCGGGAAACGGCCGGGAAGACUGUAAAAUCCCGCGUAUAAGGUAGACUAUAAGGUAUAAUGGAGAGCAUUGAAGGAAGUAAGCUUCUAAACUUUUUGGAACUCAUGGGGCAACUAAAGCAUGUGAAAAGAACUGGCUGGGUUAUGGAGAAGGUGGAAAAUCCAGAGACUAUAGCGGGUCAUAUGUAUCGUAUGGCUGUGAUGUGUUUUCUUCUAGAUAGUGAUAGCAGUUUUGGCAAUCUCAACAAGAAUAGGUGUAUUCAACUGUCUCUAGUACAUGACAUGGCAGAAUGCAUUGUUGGAGAUAUAACUCCUCACUGUGGUGUUCCAGUCGAAGAGAAACACAAACGAGAAACUGAAGCAAUGCAAAAGUUGUCUGAGAUGACUGGAGCGGCUGGAGAGUCGAUGAAGAAGUUAUUUGAGGAGUAUGAAGCUCAAGAGACAGCAGAAGCUAAAUUCGUUAAAGAACUGGAUAGAUUAGAUAUGGUUAUUCAAGCAUUUGAAUACGAAAAAAGAGAUAAUGCUCAUGGAAAGUUACAAGAAUUCUUUGAUUCUACGCAGGGAAAAUUUUCUCACCCGUUGAUUAUUAAAAUUUUAUCCGAAGUUUAUAAAGUAAGAAGCGAUCAAUUAGCGAACAAUAAGUGAUUCAAAUUAUUAUUUUGAAAUGUGCAAAAUGUAAGGUGGACAAUAGAAGCAGAAUUAUACAAUUUUAGUAAAUAUUUUCUUCCAAUAUCGAUGAAUUUCUCUUGAAAGAAGUUUAAACAACUCAAUUAUCAAAUUAGUGAUUAAUAAUACAGUAUAUAUUGGAUUUUUUUAUUUCAUCUACUAAUGCCGAAUAGUCGAGUCGAAAAAACUACAAUAUCACCAACAAUCAGAAUCACAUUCGAUUGACUGAUUAGGUUGGCGUUCGGGAAUCAGUUGAUUCGGGAAGUAGGCUGAAAAACGCUCUUUGUGGCUUGGCCCUUACAGUAGAUUGUGAAACACAUUUCACAGAAUGUUAUUAAUAUUUCAAGUUUUAUAUAAGUGUAAUUUUCCUCCUUAAUUUUAUUAAAUACUUUUAUCAAUUACA